AUGCCGCAGCGCAAGAAGUUUGCGGCGGACGGCAACGUGAAGGACCAGAUCCAGAAGGAGAUUGAAGCCAACCCGGUCGUCGUCUUCAUGAAGGGCGUCCCGAGCGCACCUAUGUGCGGCUUCUCCAAACAGGUCGUGGAGGUGCUCAAGACUCAGGGCGUACCAUUCAAGGGCAUCAACGUCCUCGCGGACCCCGACGUGCGCGAGGGCGAGUUCUCAAACUGGCCGACGGUUCCGCAACUGUACAUUGGCGGCGAGUUCAUUGGAGGCUGCGACAUUACGGUGGAGCUGCACCAGAGUGGAGAGCUGGCCGAGGAGCUGAGAAAGGCGGGUGUCAAGGACUGA